AUUAUAACUAAUUAGUUUAUCUGCUGCAAUUUGAACUACUAAAAUUUGACGGUUUUUGGUAUUUUGUGCAACAAGUUAUUGUUUAUUUUUUAUAAAUAUGUCUUCCUUUCAUUUUUAGUAAUAAAAGGCUGGUUAGUUGUGAUUGUAUGCCGGUAUUAAUAAUUUAAAGUAGGGGUGUGAUUUUCGGGUAUUUACAGAACUUUUUAUCUCGUUAUGAACUGUCAUUGUUCUGUGUUCACAAGGUUCUAUAAAUAAGUUAAAGUAUGGAUAAUUACCCUAUACUAAGGGAGAUAUUCCCCAAUAAAAGCGAGAACACAAUAAAAGAAAUGAUAGGGCUUGCACAGGAGCAAAAUCCAGGUGAUCCAAAUGACUUGUUAUUGGAAAACAUUAUAAAUCUUUUAACUGAGUCUGGAGAUUCAACAUUUGAUUCAAGUACUGUAAGUGAUAAUGAAUAUGAAGCUGCUUACGAUGAUGAAAAUGAAGGAGCAGUGGGCUACGACUAUCAACAAAUGAAUGCAUCAAUUAUAGGCAAUAAUUUGGAUAGAAUUUAUAAUCAUUUAAUUGAGGUUUUACCCAAAGCCGAUCCAGACUAUUUGAGGGAAAAGGCUGACAUUUUUUGUAAUCAACCAGAAAAUUGUGUUACUGAUUUCAUAGAUAAUGCCUUAGAGAAUAAUGAUUAUCCCACUAGAGAGGAUUAUGUGAAGAGAACCAAAGAACGCAACGAAUUCAACAGAUACACACGAAACUUCAACGUAAAUGAAUACUUGCAAAUAAUCCCAAACCCUAUAGAAAAAUAUUCAAACCAGGAUAGAAAGUUGGUUCUGACUGGCAGUAAUAUAAACGAAGAUGACAUCAAUUACGUUAAAAUAUUUUUAUACAACAAAUUCAGAUUCGCAAGGAAAAAAUACAUCGAUGAUGUAUUUGAUCCCAAUAUUAAUUUGAUAAAUAUCUGCAAGAGGUUGGAUAGGUUACCGCAAAGUUUAAAAAAAUGCAGACCUUUGGAAACCAAUGGAUAUACUGCAAAUGUAGAAUUACUGCAAUUGCUUGCUUACAUACAGUACGGGAAAUACAUAAAAGACACAAUACGAACGAUGGACGCUGUCUAUCAAGAGGCGAAGAAACAGGCGAUCGAUUGCGGUUUGAUCGAGGAGUGCAUAGUUUGCAGCGACCAGUUGAUACCGGAGGAAUGUUUUUUCUGCAGGAAGGGUUGCGUUUACUGCAAGGACUGUCUGAGAACGGGAACGGAAGUCGGGAUUGGCAACGGAGAUUUAAAAUUCCCCUGCCAUUAUUGCGAUCAGCAGUUUAGUUUGUGGACGCUUAAGAUGGUCUUAUCGGCCAACAUCUACGAGAAACUCGAACAGCGCAUCCAAAACGAGGAAAUCAAAAACGCGAUGCUCGACGAUUCGGACAGCUGCCCCUUCUGCGGUCACGUGCAAGUUUUCACCGAGACCAACAAAAUUUUCAAGUGCCAGAACGAAGAAUGCGCCCAAGAAUCGUGCCGGCUGUGCAAACACGUGUCUCACAUACCUUUACGAUGCAACGAAAUCGAGUACGACGAAGACGUUCAAAGGAGAACUUUCAUUGAGAAUCAGAUGGCAGAGGCUGUUAUGAGAACAUGCGUUUCAUGCAACAAAAAAUUCGUCAAAGAAAAUGGUUGCAACAAAAUGGUGUGCUCGUGUGGAGCCAAAAUGUGUUACAUAUGCGGUUCCGCCAUCGUAGAUUACAGCCAUUUCGGCACAGGAAAGUGUCCACUGCACACCGACGACCUAAAACGCUUCCACUUGGAAAACGUGAGAAAAGGUGCGCGAGAAGCUAAACAACAGUUGAAUGGGCAAGAAAUUAAAUUCGACCCUGAGGAAAAUCUUGAAGCAUUUUUCAAUUAAUUGUGCCAUAAUUAUGUGAUAAGCAAAACUCUGUUGUUAAGUUUUAAACUUCACUAUUUUAUAAUUGUACUUACUAUUAUUAGUUUUAUUGAUAUUUUUCUAACUUUCAUAUUUGGUAAAUAAAUAAAAAUCAUCAAAAAUAA